GUCCCAGGCUCACAUCGCGAUCCCUGAUUGAGUGUCCCGGGGUGGGGGACCUGGAAGUUUUAGCCUAGCUGUUCUGGAGGUGGAAUAAUUAGUCCAAGAAACAUUUUAUUCAUUUUUCUGGAUAUGCCACAAAAGGAUCCAUGCCAGAAACAAGCCUGUGAAAUACAAAAAUGUUUACAAGCCAACAACUAUUUGGAAUCGAAGUGUCAGGCUGUCAUUCAAGAACUUCGUAAGUGUUGUGCUCGAUAUCCCAAAGGAAGAUCUCUUGUCUGCUCAGGAUUUGAGAAAGAAGAGGAAGAAAACUUGGCAAUGAAGUCUGGAUCCAAGUAAAAUUGUACUGAAAUGUUAAAUUGUGCUUCAUGUUUCCCUCAAGCAUGUUUUAUUUACUGUCCCUCCUUCCAGAUAGGUAGCAGCAAAUGGCAAAUUAAAGAGUUAGCAAAUAUGUUAUCUAUGCAAAAUAGACCAAAAUAUCAACCUAUAUAGAGAAUAAAUAUGUAUAAUAUAAAAGGGAGCUGCUAAAAUAAACCUGUUUUAUAUUAAA